AAUUUGUACAAAGUAAUAAAUAAAAGCAAGAGAAUGCAAUGUAAAAAUUUUUAAAUUAUGAUAUACGGAUUGCGCAUUUGAGGAACAUAACAAGAAUCAUACAAUAGAAAUUAAUUUUCUUGACAAUUAAUUUCAGAAAGUAAGCUAUAAUUGGUUAUUUUUAACAAAUGAAUAUAUAUUAUUAAAUAAAAUGCUAAAGAGUAUUCUGGAUUAAACUUGUACCAAUAUUGUUCGAUAAUCUGCGAAAUCUCACGAAGACACACAAGGGCUAAUCAAAGUCAUGAUUUGCAUGAAUGAGAAGCCCAUCGGGAUGGAGGAGACUCGACGACGUUGCAAUUAAUCGUGCAGGCGUAAAUGAGAGACGAUCGUUGCGGAACGCGGAGGUGAUCCAUAGAUCGUGUCGGGCGCGAUCAGUCGCGGUAGAGCGGAGGAGAGAGGAGACGAGAGGAGGGUGGCAAGAUGGAACUUUUCCUGAUCCUCGUUUGCCUGAUCGCGCCGCCCGCCCUCUCGCUCUCCAUCAAGAGCAAGCUCAACCCACGGAUCGUCCAGACGCGUUACGGCGAGGUGCAGGGUAUCACGAGGUCCUUUGAAUAUGCCAAGUUCCUCAAGCCAAUCGACGUGUACCUCGGAAUACCUUACGCCACACCGCCGGUCGGCAGCAAUCGCUUUUCCCCAACGAGAGCGCCAAGUCCCUGGGACGGAGUCAGAUUAUCGGACUCGGUGAGUCCAGUCUGCCCCCAAAAGCUGCCGGACAUCGCAAACGAGCAGGAAGCGCUCGAGCGAAUGCCUAAGGGAAGGCUGGAGUAUCUGAAGAGAUUGCUGCCUCAUCUGCGUAACCAGAGCGAGGAUUGCCUCUAUCUGAACAUCUACGCACCUGCCAUGGGCAUGGCGGAGGGCGGAAGCAGGAAGCAUCCGGUGUUGCUGUACAUUCAUGGUGAGAGCUACGACUGGGGCAGCGGAAACCCCUACGAUGGUAGCGUCCUAGCCAGCUACACCGACCAAGUGAUCGUCACCAUGAACUACCGGUUGGGCGUGCUCGGCUUCCUGAACGCCAACGUGGCGCCGCAGACCAAGGCGAGGGUUGCAAAUUAUGGCCUCAUGGACCAAAUCGCUGCCCUACACUGGGUUAAGGAGCACAUCGCACGUUUCGGAGGUGAUCCCGAAAAUGUCACCCUUAUGGGCCAAGGAACUGGAGCCGCUUGCGUGCAUUUUCUCGCCAUUAGUCCCACCGUCAUACGGGGUAAGUGGUUGAAGCUGUUGAGAGUUAAUACGAGUUCUAAUGUAGUUGAAAUGUAAUAUAUCUAUUAA